CAGGUUUUAUUUUUAACAAUUGAUUGUCUGUAGUUUGAGUUUUGACUCUGGUUUCGAGGUUGUGUUUUGGUCAAUUUUGUAAACAGUUUUUAAAAUCAUCACAGAGUACUUUAUAAUUCAUAAACACGAAACAUCGCCAAAUAUGCUUGAUAAAAUUUUGUAUAACACGGUCCUUUGUCAAACAUUUUCACCGUGCGGUAAAUAUCUAAUAGCCGGCAACAUUUAUGGACAAAUAGCAGUUUUUGACCUUGGACGGAUACUAGACCCAGUAGUUGAGCUUCUAACAGCGGAUUAUAACAAACCAAAACAUAUCCACACCUUCCAAUCUGAAAAACAAAUAUGUAGCCUAGCAUCCACAGAUAAAUUUCUCAUAGUAGGUUCAGUCAACGAAAUUACCGGAUGGGAUUGGAAAUCAGUGGUCAGUUCAAAAUUAAGUAAACCUGCUUGGAGCAUCAAAAUAUCCUCCAAAUGUCAAAUAGACCAGACUGAUGUGAAUAGCCUAUGGUUAUCUGAAGACGAAGAGAAGCUCUACGCGGGUUGUGGUGACAAUAACCUGUACGUGUAUAACCUGGAAGACGGUAGACUGGUGUCCACUUAUGAUGGUCAUGAGGAUUUCAUUCACUCGGUCCAUGGAAAGAAUGGACAGCUUGUAACGGCUGGGGAGGAUGGUAUGGUGUUGCUGUGGGAUCAGAGGACUUCCAAAUACCACAAUAAAUUAGAACCAUACAAGAAUGACAAACUAAACAGACCUGAUGUUGGCAAGUGGGUUGGCUCUGCUUGCCUUGGGGAUGAUUGGAUUGUGUGCGGCGGCGGUCCGCGUUUAGCUCUCUACCAUCUCCGCUCGCUCGACGCCGUCACAGUUUUCGACCUUAACGACCAUGGCAUCCAUGUGACAUUCUUCCAUGAUGACUGCAUAUUCGCUGCAGGGGCUGCGAAGUUCCUCUACCAGCUCAACUACUCUGGAGAAGUGAAAGUGGAAUUACCAGUGUCUGCUACUACAGUGUACUCGGCAGUGUUGAGGACUGUUCCUAAUAAGGUCCUGUCGAUAGCCGGGUCAAGUCCUGAAAUGGAUCUCUGCACUACUUUUAAUUAUAGAGAUCAGGUUUUGCAUUUCCGCUGAAUGUUUGGUUUGGUUGUUAGGUUUGGUUAAGAGUUCUAGUAUAAGUAUUUCAAAAUGACUGUAUGGAUGUGAAAGGAAUAAAUGAUGAAAACAUUUUCAACAAUAA